UUGGCAGUGAGUGAUGACUACAGUACAGGCAGCUCGAGUCUAGCUCUACCACUAUUCUGGCACAAACACACAGAGACUGUCAAUGGAUAUCACAGAUUAACCAUGACAGGUGCAGUUUCCGUACCUGGAAGAAGCUGGAUAAUGCAAACGAGUUGAAUGGAGAGAGCAGCUUCGUAUGGAUUUAUAAUUUAACCACAUCUCUGCAUGUAUCCUUUUUUUUUUUUUAAAUCAUACAGUUAUCAAGGUGAUCAGAAAUGCACUGUUGACUUUAUGAUUUGUCUUGCCAAGAAAGAUUGAAUUGCUGGGACUUCCAUCCUACAGAACUGGUUUUAAAAGUUCAAUUUCGUCUGUUUUCAUCUUUGUUUUAAACUGAUCACACAAAAAAAAAAAAAAAAAAAAAAAACAACUAAUGGCUAACUACAUUUUUAUUCUUCCAGUCACAUGCAUGAAGAACUGUACCUAAAUGGACCACACUUAGUUGCCCUCACUUUGAAGCAAGAAGGUAUGCCAAUAAAAUGCCUGGAUUACCCUUUUGACUACCCAUUAAAAUCACAACGGAGGAGGUAAAGGGAAAGCAGGGGGCUAAGUGAGUGGGAACUGCAUUUCUCCACUUAAGGCAUCCUGAUUGUCAUUAUAAGCUGAUCGGAUACUGUAAAGACUAGAGUGGAACCUCCCUUCACACUCUGGAAUGAGUUCAAUGAUACCAGCAAGUUCCAUCCAUCCAUCCAUCCUUCCAAUGAUAAUCGAAGGUCAAAGGGACUGGCAGAAGAAUGCUGGCAGCAGGUGCCCAGAGGCAGGAUGGCGAUGUGUUGGCAGAGAGCUGCGGUUGUUAGAUGGUUCCUCUUGAUGCUCCUGUUGCAUUGGGCACCUCUGUGCUCACUGAGCUGGUUCCUGGCUCUGGCUGAGCCUCUGAACCAGAAAACCUCACCUUUCAUUUCCAUCUCCGGAUGGGGCAGCGGCCAGCUGGACUGGCUCCUGUCUGAUAAAGGGCCCUUCCAUCGCUGUCCAGAAUAUACAGAGUUCAAAGAACGCAUCCAACAAGGCUUCUCCACACGCUACAAAAUCUACAGGGAGUUUAGUCACUGGAAAGUGAACAGCUUGGUGACAGAGAAGAGAGAUUUCUUCAAAGCCCCACUGCCUUUGGCGCCAGAGUUUUUACGCAACCUCAGGCUUCUGGGGAGAAGGCCGAGCCUUCAGCAGAUCCAUGAAAACCUGAUCAAGAAAUAUGGCACUCAUUUCUUGGUAUCAGCCACACUGGGAGGGGAGGAGUCGCUCACAAUCUUCUUGGACAAACAGAAGCUGAGUAAAAAGACAGAGGGAAAAGGAAACAGCUCCGUGGUCUCCCUGGAAAUCUUGCACCAGUUGGCAGCGUCAUACUUCACAGACAGAGAAAGCACCCUGCGAAAGCUGCACCACCUGCAGAUCGCUACAUCUGCCAUCAAGGUAUCGGAGACCAGAACAGGGCCUCUUGGAUGCAGUAACUACGACAGCCUGGAUUCUGUCAGCUCCGUCUUAGUGCACAGCCCAGAAAACAAAAUCCAUCUGAAAGGUUUACAGGAUGUGCUCCCAGAGUUUCUGCGGAAUCGUUUUGUGGAGGCAGCCCUCAGUUACGUGGCGUGCAAUUCCGAGGGUGAACUACUGUGUCGCAACAAUGACUGCUGGUGCCACUGCUCCACAAAGUUCCCGGAUUGUAACUGCCCCUUUGCAGACAUCAAAGCCAUGGAAGAGAGUCUCCGUAAGAGCAAGGAGUCCUGGACCAACCUCAACUAUGAUUUCAUGGAGUCAGAUGAGUUCAAGGCCUUUCUCAAGAAAUUGCCAACGGACCAGUUUUUAAACACCUCUGCCAUCUUAAAGUUCUGGACGUCAGAUCUGGUCCUGCAGAGACGCUAUAGUCUGCUGGAGGCGAGCACUAAGGUGGUGCUUGGCAAAGCCAUCAAAAUAGUUCGCAAGCUCUUUGCUCUCAGCAAGCGCUGUCCCACACAGCCAAAGAUCAGCCUGACGAAAGAAAGGACUCUAGGGUUUUGGCUAAACAAAGCCCAGUCUCUACUGUACUGCAGUGAGCAUGGUGUGCAUGGCACCUUCUCAGAGGAACUGCAGGGCUGCAUCUGCGCUGCAGAGCAACGUACUCUCUGCCAGGGCACUGUGCCAUGUAGGGUGGGUGAGGGGAACCUCUGCUCGUCCUGUGCCCCAGACAACAUUACCCGCUGUGGCACAUGCUUCCCAGGCAGCAUCCUCCAUAUGGGCUCCUGUCGCCCCAACAUUGCCAACUCAUUGGACCACUAUGUCAACUUUGAAUUUGACAUGCCUGAUGCUGAGAUGCAUUACCUCCUCCAGAGGCUUGAUAGCCGCAUGGAAGUCCAUGCAAUCUACAUCAGCAAUGAUGUGCGGCUCGGCAGCUGGUUCAACCCAGCAUGGCGGAAACGCAUGCUGCUCACCCUCAAGAGCAACAAGAACAAAUCCAACCUUAUCCACAUGUUGAUGGGGAUCUCUUUCCAGAUCUGUUCCACCAAGAACAGCACACUGGAACCUGUGCCUGCAAUCUACGUCAACCCCUUCGGGGGCAGUCAUUCGGAGAGCUGGUUCAUGCCUGUUAACCAGCAGGACUUCCCAGACUGGGAAAAAACUAAAUUGGAUGCCUCACUUCAGUGCUAUAACUGGACCCUCAGUCUUGGCAGCAAGUGGAAGUCCUUCUUCGAGACGGUUCACAUUUACCUUCGUAGUCGUAUCAUUACAGAUGAUCCCGCAGUCAACGAGACCCUUUUUUACGAACCGCUCGAUCUGGAUGACCACUCAGCCAACCUGGGCUACAUGAAAAUCAACAGCCUGAAGGUCUUUGGAUACAGCAUGCACUUCGAUCCAGAGGGGAUCAAAGAUCUGAUCUUGCAGUUGGACUACCCCUACACACAGGGCUCACAAGAUGCAGCCUUCUUGAUGCUUCUGGAGAUGAGAGACCGCAUCAACCGGCUCUCUCCACCAGGAGCCCAGCCACUGGACCUCUUCUCCUGCCUGCUGAGGCACAGGCUCAAGCUUUCAUCCAGUGAGGUGGUACGCAUACGGGAUGCACUCCAGAGUUUCAAUGCCAAGCUGCCUAAUUCUGCUGAGCCAGAACUCAGCCAGCUGUGCAGCUAGCUCAAAUCACACAUUUUGGCCUGUGUGUGUGAAUGUAUUUGUAUGUGAUGAAAGAGAGGGAAAAUAAAUAUAUUGUCAGUGUAUUUGCAAAUGUUUGUGGAUGAGAGCAUCUUUGAACGAUCCUCCUUUGGGAGGGAUGCAAUGCAGGAUUUUUGAUUGUGACUGGCAUAGGAGCAUUUACCAUAUGGGGCUUCUGAAUUGCCAGAAUAUUCCCUCACUGGGAAAACCUUGUGGAAGAAGGGUGGAUGUAGCCUACUGUCAAAACUACUAACUGUCUUUGAGUAAAGAUUCGCUUUGAUACAAUGGGGAUUUAACUUAAGGAGGCUGCCUACUAGAUGAUUCUGAGCAAACAUGGAAAGAGAAAAUUUUAUUUGAGAAUAUAUACUCGCAAUAUGCGGAAGUGGAGUUCUCUUCCCAGUCCACCCCUGACUGUACCUAUACUUUCUUAGCACCUGCAGUAUGUACUGCAGGUGCUGUAGGUAUUCUGUGUUGAUGUGAUGGCAUUAUUUGAGAUGAAAGCAGAGAACCGAUAAUAAGGAUUCCAUUCUGAUCUGAAGGUUUGGAGCACACUGCCCCAAAUGUUAUAACAAUCAACAGAGAUUUAAAUCUUUGCUUUUCUAUUUUAUCUGCAGUCACAACUCCUGUAUUGUGAGAUCUGUAUAUCUGUAUUUAAUGUUGGACUGAAUUGCCAGAAUGUUGGAUAGAAAUUCCUUUGUAUUCAGAGAUAUGGCUAAACCAAAAGGCAAACAUGAAAGCAAAUUGAAUGGCAAAAUUUCUUGCUGUUUUUUUUUUUUUUUUUUUUUUUAUGUUCAUUGAAAUCUCUUUUGAGGUAACCUUAAGAUAACAUUCUUUCAAUAUUGUUUUGAAAAGGUUUGUGGACAGCUUUGUAAAUAUUGCUCCAUCUCAUUCAAGACAUGAAAAGCUUCCAUUGCUUCUUGGAUAUAUACAGAUUUACACCUGUAUUUGUACUUUUUUUAAAGUGCAAAGACCAAACAACACUUCAACACAAAACAAUUGCCUUAUGAAGUGAAAUCUCUGUUCUUAUAUCAAAGCACACUUGGCUGUAUGUCCCUCUUUCUCUUCUAUUCUAUUCUUUUUUUUCUCGCGCUUUAUUAAAUUCUGAUUUGAAUUACAGUGACCUCUAAUCUGUAAAUGUUCGUUUUAAUUGAAGUAUUAUAUGAGGAGUACAUUAUGUGUCAUUAUGUGCAAAAACAGAGUUACAUUUACAUUUCCCGAUUCAAUAUCUUUGUUUUCCAUUUCCCUACUUUUCUACUACACAUAGACAUAUAUAAUGAUGUGACAGAGAAUAACUAUAAUACAUGAAUUCAUUUUAGUAUAUCUGCAUCUCGGGGCAAUUAUUUUCUCUCAGAAUUUAAUAACCGUACAUGUACCACUUAAGUGUUCUUGAUUACAUUACUUGGGCUGUGGAAUUUGUCAACACAAUCAACCAGAUAAUUAUAGCCCUUGUCAACACUGAGUGUUUAUUACUCCUUAUUAUUUAAAACUGGAAUGUCUAGAAAUAUCUGUGAAAAUUGCAUAUAUCCAGCUACAUAAAAAAACUACCAGUUGUCUGUCAGGAUAAGAUGAAUGACUCUAUAUAUGAUGAGCAACUUUUACAGUGGGGGGGGGGGAAGAAUAAAAAAGUGCAAUUUAUGCGGUUGUCAUAUAGAGCUGUAGGACCUUCACAUACUCUGUCACAAUAUAUCUGGAUCCGUGCUGAACUGCAAGGAAAAAUAAAAUGCUCACUAAACUAAUAAGAUGGAAAUAACAUGGAGUCUAAAUGUGAGUUGUUUAUCUUAAUGUAGAACACAGAAAUCAGUUUUUGCCCAUCAACAAAUCGUCAAGACAGUGAAGGGCAUCUAAUCAAUUACAGAGGCCCUGUGUAAACUUGCAUCCUCUAUAUUAAGAAUGCAUACACAAUUGGAAUAUGUCAGUAUUCCAUGAUUUACAAUGGUUGCACUGCUAAAAGCUGCAAUGUAUUUAUGGAUAACACCUUUAAUAACUUUCAAUGGUAAGUCAUAAACAUUCUAUAAUACUUAGCAGAUUGUUAGUUCAUGAAUAUUCAAAUAUGAAUAUAUGAGAAUAUACUGUAUGAAUCAUACUGUAGUUUCUUUACUAUUUGAACAUUUCCUAACAUUUUAAAUGUGUAUUAAUUAACAAAUGAUCUGUUAAGCAUUAUAGAGGCCUUUUGAAAUGUUUGAUAAUGACUUACUAAUGAAAUAUUUAUAUUCAUAUGAAAAUUCACUAUAUUGUACAUUGUGUCAUUGUGUGAAAUAUGAAUUUUGGGCCAAUACAUUAUUAUAAAAAGAUAUACGUGUUAAACGGAACAUACAAUAUAGCUAAUCCAAACAUCUUUUAAAUGAUGGUGUAGUUUUACUAUUAAAUUUUACUUUAUACAGAGCACAUUUAAUGUUAACUAACACUUCAAAAUGUUACCCUGUACUCUGGUUUUCAUUGAAAACAUUUGCAUUUUUCUUUCAAAAUAGGCCAGACAAAACUCUCACAUUCAUUACUGUAACAGUUGCAAGUUACCUUGUAUUUAUUUCUUUGGGAUUUUACCAAGCGUGAAAAUUUUGUUUUGUGUUCCACCUCAGAUACAAGAGAUUAUGCUUUUGUAGAAACGUGUCAAGCGUGGCAUACUUUUAGGCUCUCUCAGCACGCUGUUUGAAUUACUUAAAAACAGAUUUUUUUUUUUUUUUCUGAUUCCAUGAACAUUUUUGAAAACCAGCCUUCAUUAGCAUACUUUGAAAUAAAUAAAAAAAAAGAAAUCCUCUAAUGUGCACUAAUGUACAGUAGCAAAACUAUUAUUUUUUGGCAUUUUUUUUUUUUUAUUUCAGCCUGUAGUUAUUUACUAAGCAUGCUCUGAAACAAAAUGGCAUGUUGUCAAAUUAAUACAGCUCUUGGAGUUUUGAGAUGUCUCUUGGUGUCCUACUAGUCACUGAGGGCACUUAAAAAUUUGUGAACUCAGAAUCCUCAGAAACCUCUUAAAUUGUCUAGAUUCUUGUUGCAAACAACUUUUCCUGCCCAGUCUUUAAACUUUAUUUUAAUGCGCUUCUCAACUUUGCACUGCAGAAAGCCAGACACGUACAGUUUAUCUACAUGAAUGCUGCAUUGCAGAGAGCUUUACCAUGCUGUAAACAUCAACUGACAGAAAUUUUGUCCAUCUCUGAUGUUUCUCAAAUGCAUUACCAUUUUCCAAACGGGUUAAUUUUUUUUUUAAUCAAUUUUCCUUUUUUUUUUUUUACUCAAAUCUUUAUGCCUGUACAUGCUACAAUUUUAUGAAUAAUCUUCAAGUUACAUCAGUGGGGUCAGUCUACUGUCAUGCCUUGAGCCUCUAUGCAUCGCCCGAGUGGGACAUAAAGCUGCCCCAAAAACAUUUUGACAUUUUGGACACUUAAGCCACACAAAAUUGUCUGAAUGUUAUUGCAUUAGAUAACAACAUUUCAAACUAUGUGGCCUCUGCAAACAAAUGAUGCAGAACUAACUUUUGUGAGUUUUUUUUUUUUUUGGCAAUGACUUUUAACCAACUUGUCUCAUGGUGACUUUUAGCAGAUGUAUGAAGUCAGUUCCCCUUCACACAGUGUCCUAGCAGAGUAACCACAGGUGUAGUUUAUCACAUGUUGUACGUGUUCCACAAAGUUUGGCAACCAGAAAGUGUAAAAAUACUUUUAUUCUUAAUUUUAAACAAUAUAUCUGUUUUUUCCAUUUGAAAACAAACCUUUUUUGAGUGAAAUAUUCUGCUUGAAAAGAGUGUUUAUGCGAUAUUUCUUUAAAACAAAUGCCACAUGGUUUGAUAUAUAUUAAAUAAUGCAAAGACAUUCAUACCUUUUUAUGAAUGACUUUUGUCACUGUAUGCUUGCCUUUUUUUUUUUUUUUUUUUUUUGAGAGAGAGGUAUCAAUGU